AUGGCAGCACAAACACCAGCCGUUGUCAUGGACAAUGGCACAGGCUACUCCAAGCUCGGAUUCGCCGGCAACGACUCUCCGUCCUUCGUCUUUCCUACCGCCAUAGCUACAAAAUCUGGUGCAGGAGCUGCCCCUGGGGCUGGCGCCGGUCGGCCGCCAGUCGCAAACAAGCCCUCCUUCUUGACCGGCGGCGCGGGGCCAUCUUCUUCGCUCGCCUCAAAGCGUGGAACGGAGGACUUGGACUACUUCAUUGGAGAUGAAGCCCUUACCGCAAGUUCUGGCCCAGGCUACGGCAUCCAUUAUCCCAUCAGACAUGGGCAGAUUGAAAAUUGGGACCAUAUGGAGAGAUUCUGGUCCAACUCCAUCUUCAAGUACCUCAGGGUCGAGCCGGAGGAACACUACUUCCUAUUAACAGAGCCCCCAUUGAACCCGCCGGAGAACCGAGAAAACACCGCCGAAAUCUUCUUCGAAUCGUUUAACUGUGCGGGUCUAUAUAUUGCAGUUCAAGCUGUCCUUGCCCUGGCAGCUUCCUGGACGUCUUCGAAGGUUACAGACAGAUCACUCACAGGUACUGUUAUUGACUCUGGUGACGGUGUCACACACGUUAUUCCUGUUGCCGAGGGAUACGUUAUUGGUUCUUCUAUAAAGAGCAUCCCAAUCGCCGGUCGCGAUAUCACCUACUUCGUUCAGAACCUCUUGCGAGAUCGACACGAACCAGACAGCUCGCUGAAAACUGCAGAGAAGAUCAAGGAGGAAUACUGCUAUGUUUGCCCAGAUAUUGUCAAGGAAUUUGCUCGGUACGAUAGGGAGCCAGACCGAUUCCUCAAGCACACUGUCACAUCUCCCAACGGAAGGACUGUUUCCAUAGACGUUGGUUACGAACGAUUUUUGGCUCCAGAGAUUUUCUUCAACCCCGAGAUUUACUCCUCCGAUUUCCUCACACCACUACCCACUGUUGUCGAUGGUGUUAUUCAGUCUUCUCCUAUUGAUGUUCGACGUGGACUCUACAAGAAUAUCGUGCUGUCUGGCGGUUCUACUCUUUACAAGGAUUUUGGCCGUCGGUUGCAACGUGACAUUAGGCAUUUGGUAGAUGCCAGAAUCCGUGCUUCUGAAGCCCGCAGCGGAGGAGCAAGGAGUGGUGGUUUGGAAGUCCAAGUUAUUACUCAUAAGAGACAACGUCACGGUCCAUGGUUCGGUGGAAGUUUGCUUGGACAAACUCCUGAAUUCCGCAGCUACUGUCACACUAAGGCAAGUAUUCUCUCAUCCAAUUAA